CAGAGACUGGGAGCCGCGGGAUCUCUAGACAGGAGACAGGAGCCGGGAGAGGAGCUCGGAGCCGCCGGGAGGGAGGCUGAGCGGGCGGACACAGAAUCUAACAAUAUUAUUUGAGAAACUUAAACCGCUGUGAGAUUAAACAUCCCCCCCCUUCGUACAACAAAACCAUGUCUGGGUCAUAUGAUGAUUCGGUUGGAGUGGAGGUUUCCAGUGACAGCUUCUGGGAGAUCGGAAAUUACAAACGCACAGUUAAGCGAAUAGAUGACGGACACAGGCUCUGCAAUGAUCUGAUGAACUGUCUGCAUGAACGGGCCAGAAUUGAGAAGGUUUAUGCCCAGCAGCUAACAGAGUGGUCCAAGAGGUGGAAACAACUAGUGGAAAAAGGUCCUCAGUAUGGUACGGUAGAGAAGGCAUGGAACUCUUUGAUGACAGAAGCUGAGAAAGUGAGUGAACUCCACUUGGAAGUGAAAAAUGCAUUAAUGAACGAGGACUUUGAAAAGAUCAAGAACUGGCAGAAGGAAGCGUUCCACAAGCAGAUGAUGGGAGGCUUUAAAGAGACCAAAGAAGCCGAAGACGGUUUUAGGAAAGCACAGAAACCGUGGGCCAAAAAACUAAAAGAGAUGGAGGGCUUUAAAAAGGUUUAUCACGCUGCUUGUAAGGAGGAGAAGAUAGCCAUCUCGCGGGAAAACAACAGCAAAGCAGACCCUGCGCUCAAUCCCGAGCAGCUGAAGAAACUGCAGGACAAGGUGGAGAAGAGCAAGCAGGAUGCGCAGAAGAGCAAAGAGAAGUACGAGAAGGCAUUGAAAGACUUGGACAGCACCACCCCGCAGUACAUGGAGAACAUGGAGCAAGUGUUUGAACAGUGCCAGCAGUUUGAAGAUAAGCGUCUGCGUUUCUUCCGGGAAGUUCUCCUCGAAGUUCAGAAACACCUCGAUCUGUCCACCGUAGAAAGUUAUGCCAACAUCUACCAAGACCUGGAGUUCUCCAUUAAAUCAGUGGAUGUCCCGGACGAUCUGAAAUGGUUUAAGAACAAUCAUGGCCCUGGAAUGUCCAUGAACUGGCCACAGUUUGAGGAAUGGUCUGCUGAUUUUAAUCGAUCAUUGAGUAGACGGGAGAAGAAAAAGCCUACAGAUGGUGUGACCUUAACUGGGAUUAGUCAAGCUGGGGAUCAGUCUUCUCUCCAGAAUAAACACAGCAGCAACCUUAGCGUCCAGUCAGCCCCAUCAGUGCAGUCAGUUCAAUCAAGUAACAAUCCCUUUGAAGAUGAAGAGGAGUCUGAGAAUAUCAUUGAAAAGGAAGACCUUAAAACAAAAAACGUUGGCAGCUACCCCACGGAGUGGUCAGAUGAUGAAUCCAGUAAUCCAUUUGUGUCCAGUGAUGCCAACGGAGACAGUAACCCUUUCGAUGAGGACACACCCGCUGGUGUAGAGGUUCGGGUGAGGGCGUUGUAUGAUUACGAAGGGCAGGAGCAUGAUGAACUAAGUUUUAAAGCUGGAGAAGAGCUGACGAAAAUAGAAGAUGAGGAUGAACAAGGCUGGUGCAAAGGUCGCCUAAGCGGGGGUCAAGUUGGCUUGUACCCUGCAAACUACGUGGAGGCUGUCCAGUGACAUUCUAGUGAACCCUUUCCCUCUCUACCUAUAGCGUACGCCUAGUUCUUGUAAUAACCUUUAAUCUAUUCACUGGGAUCAGAUGUAUGAUAUGUAAUGUGUGUAUAUAUAACAAUACGAGCAAUUGGUUAAUGCUAGGAAUGACAUGGAUACCUAGUAGGACUGGUAAUCUUGACUUUUGAUUUUAUUCCCGAUUUCUGUUAACCCUUGAAGUUUAAGAGCACAUUUACAGCACGUGGCAGCUUUUUCUUCAGGAAGGGUUCAUUGCAAUCUAGUGCAAAAUCAGCACACUUAAAGACAACGUAGCUUGUUUUUCUUGCUUUUUUUAUUUUUUAAAUAAAUGUAUAUUUUAUUUUUUUUUCUUUAUUGGUCGCUGUUAAGGGCGGUGGUGUACAUUCCUGCGGCAUCCUUGUAAACAAUGCGAUUUUUGUUAAGUGACCUUUUGUAAGGUGGAAUACAUUUUUUUAUUUUAAAUGUUGCAGUUACUUGUCUGUGUUUUUUUUGUUAUUAUUUUUUUCUUUUUUUUUUUGAGAUUUUGAUCUUAUUGAACGGUGGGGGUGGCAAUUGUUUUUUGAUUUGCAGCUUCCCUGGCCUUUACAUCGUAAAAUGUAUAAAUUAUAAGUUUGAUUUCCGAUGUCUGUUUUGUUUUAUAAGCUUUAGUUCACUGCCCAGCUUAGUUCUAAUAAUGUCAAUAAAAGUAUUGUAUUAAAGAGUGUCUGUCUCAGGCACGUAAGACAGAGUUGUUGUUUUAACGAUCUGCUGGGUCCAGGAUUUAAGAUGCGCUCUUCCAUUGGAGCAGUGACUGCCAACCUCUACAAUGCUGAGAUUAGCGACCACUGCUAAAGAGCUUCUUCUUCUUCACCCCUUCUGAUUCUAAAAACACUGACAGGCAAUCUUCCAGUAUAAUCCACACUUCUCCUGUAAUUAACAGCAGCCCAGAGACUCUUCUCGGAACCAUUCUAUAGACCCAAAAAAGUCACAUUCCCUCAACGAAGUAAAUAGUUGUGUUUGCCCUGUUUAAAUGGGUCGUGUCUGAAUGUGUUGUGUGUUUGUCGCAUGAAUCUGCAACAUGGAAAAACUACUCGUAUAUGCAAGAGGACGUAGCCUGGUUUUGUGAUUUCACGAUAUUGCACUAUUUGCAGACUUGCUCCUAAUUUGAGCUGUAUGUUGAUAUGACAAAACAGGCCGUGUCAAUUAAAAAAAAUAAAAUAAAAUAAAAAUUUUGCUACUCCCCCUGACAAUUGCAAAUUGUAUUAAUCAGGAGGAUGGUUUCUCUUGUCCCCUCUGCUAAUAUAUCUAUCUAUAGAAUAUAUUUUAAUUUAUUUUUUUACAUCCAUGCUUCCUCGAGUCGUCUUACAUACUGUACAUUACUGUGCCGUCAGGGAAGAGUGCAAGUUCAGUAAAAGGCCAUUUAAAUUCUCCAUAAACGUGCUUGACCCUGAUAUUUUUGUGCUGUAAAUUCACACAGUAAAUGGUUUAAAAGGGGAUUUUGGACAAUCGAUGUUAACUCUUCAUGUCCGGUAUGUUUUUGUUGUGAAAAGGUGUAAAGUCUGUUACUUGCGUCCACCUCGGAACGCUGCUCCUGGGUCAGACAGUGUCUCUGGAUUUCAUGUGUCUAUUAAGCUAAAGGAUUUAUGGAGUCCAAAGCCUUGUCUGGAGCAGGAGCCAUUGUCCUCUUAGUUGAUAUACGUUGGACUCUCGUGUAUACAUUGAACUAAAAAUCCUGUUUCCCCUCCAGGGGUUGUUAGGAGCUCUCCUCAGCCAGGACCGACACGGGAUAAUAAGGGCUUCCAUAUCUCGCGGACCGGCCUGGGUGGGACUGGUCUGCAGAUUUCAUACAAAGCUUCCUAGGAGCAGCUAGCUAGUAUUAGCAGAUGCACAAAAAGCUACAGACGUAUCAAGACUUGGUUCAUGCUCUGUUAGUAACAGUAAUGCGGGUUUGUGCUCACAUGGAAAUAGAUCUAUUUAUGCAUUUAUAUUGAAAAGUUGUUUUACUAUUUUAAAGAGGAUUUUUUUUCGGGGGGGGGGGAGGGGGGGUUGUGCACGAUCUAUCGUGGAUUCCAUGACAGCUAUGCUUGAAGACUGUUUAAAUUCUAGACCUAAAGUCCUCCUUUCUCUUGUUGUAUCAUAUUCAUAAGUAUUUUGUGAUUCGGAGAAAUGUUCUUCUAUUGAACUGUGCUGUGAUAAUUCCUGUUUUUGGGAAAAAUAUGUAAGUUAUACCCAAUAAACUUGUAGUCUCACAUGGGGUCUUGUAGCAGAACCACUGUAUUGUCUCCCACAGCAUCUGGUACAAUGUAACAGAGAAUGCAUUGGUAAGCGCCAUUUACCUUAAAAUCACAUGAUUUGAAGGCAGAAAGGUCUUCCGAAAUUUAUCUACGCAAGACAAAUUACCUCAAAGAGUAGGAACCCAUGCCCUGGGCAAGUUAUUUUGCUAUCUGUAUGAAUAUUGUGUGAAAAGCAAGGAAUGCCAGGGGAUGCCUACAAUCCCCAUUAUGCUUAGCUUGCAGAGCCUGCCUGCCCGAGGAUAAUAGAUUUGUAUUCCAGACCCAGCAGCCAGGACACUGGCUGUACUGCUGCUUGCCUUGCUUUGGUGGGAUCUCUGCACAAUGAUGGGGGCCGGUUAAUCUUCCUUUAAAAGAAUUGGACUGUUUAGAACAGGUUUCUUGGUUUAGGGGUCAGUUGGUUUAUUCACUAAACAGUUAAUUAAAAGGGAAUUAAAAAGCAAAUCUCAAAAGGUUGCCUGAAUAGCAAAGUUAUAACUAUAGUUGAGUUGGAUAAUUAUUUUCCAAAUUGGCAUUUUUAGGUUAAAGGGAGCAGUCUAGGAAUCAUAGCCACUGCAUGCCAUCAUAGUGGGCAUUUUGGUAUUAUUUUACGGGCACCAUACCCAGAUUCUGUGCCAACUGGUUCUCAAUCUGUUUGACCAUAACCAGGGAUCUCUGAGUGUGACAACCCAGCCCCAUAAAUUGCUAAUGUGGAACUUUCUUUUACACGUUGGGGAUAUUUUGUUUCUGCCUUUUUUUGGAUAACAUUGAUUGGCUGAAACAUUUUACGGUUUGAUCAUGGAGCAGAGGUUGGGAACUGCAGCCUAGGUAGGAUGAAGUGGUUAUGGUUGCAUCGAUAGCCCCUUUAAAUUUUACCAAUUGGUUUUCCAUUCCCUAUAAUUCGCUGUAAAGUAAAUAAACCAUAAGCCUCUGUGUUGUCCCUUUACCAUAGGAUUUUAAUGCUGACCAACUAUUAAGAAAAGUCGGUAGUGCAAUGUAUAUUAAAUUACUGAACACAAAUUGAUUGUUCUUGCCGGGUAAGUUGUGCUGGCUGUAAUACUAUUAAAAUAUAUAUUUUAUUGGAAUAAAAGAAGUGUGUCUAAUUACUUAA